UCACGUGAGAGAGCGCGCGAACCAGAUGGAUCAGUUGUGCAUGAUCCUUCGGUGAGAUCAGAUCAUUCAAAGCCUGAGCGAAAAAUUUUUCAAAAUAAAAGUUAUCUUUGUACAGUAUUUUCAGUUUGUAAAAUAAUGUCGAGAACAAAUAUUGAAGAAGGAGAGAUUCUUUCAGCGGAACAAGAACAAGUAUUGCUCAAUGAUGAUGAAGAACCCACAAAAACCACUGUCGACUCGACAGAGGAUAGGUGGGCGAGCAUGUUCCGAGAGUUUAAAGACGACGUUUUGGAGCGUUUUUCACGCAUUGAGGCCAAACAAGAAAGGCCCUCUAAACGGCGGCGUAGACGCAAGUCGUCAUCGGCCGAAGAGUCGCCUGACGACGAUAUCUCUGACACAGAGAAAUUAUGUGGAGCGGUAGACUCUGCCGAAACAAGUAGUGAGCGAGAGGGCGACACGCCAAAUGGGCAAAUGAUUUCGGAGCCCGAUGAUAAUCUGCUGAGCGAAAUUGCUCAAGAGUUUGACAGUGGCAAUGACACAGGGCCAAACGUAAGCGAGAAACUCGCUGACAUUGUCAACAAGCGUUGGGCUGAAAAGCUGGAUGAUUCAAAAUUUAAAUCCAAAUUGGAAAAAUACAAUAGACCAGCAAACUGCACUCGCCUCCUUGUCCCUAAGGUAAAUCCCGAAAUUUGGGCGAAUUUAAGCCACAACACAAAGAGUGCCGAUUUACGUAUCGUAAAUUUUCAAAAAACACUCACGAAAGCUGGUAGCGCAUUGACUAAAAUGACAGAUUCCCUUUUGGAAUUGCGUACCAAACUCAGUAAGUCAGACACUGAACAACAGAAAACUCUGGGUGAGCUCGUUUCGGGUAAUGCUGAUGCAUUGGCGCUUUUAGGGCAUUUGAAUAUCGACCUGUCGCUGCAUCGCCGAGAGUUGAUUAAGCCUCAUUUGAAGAGGGAAUACGGCGCGCUUUGUUCGACACAAACACCGAUUACCGACUUUAUCUUUGGCGAUGAUCUACAAAGCCAACUUUCGAGUAUCACUGCGUCGAAUAAAAUUGGCCAAACUACAAGUGCCUUUGGCAGUGGGGCGACUCCUCGGCGCUAUUCUGACAGCCAUAAUAAGUCUUUUAAAGAUAAGUCUUUUUUAUGGCAGCGCAAAGGAAGGGCGUAUCGUCCAUAUCAGUCCUCUCAACAAAGCAAACCCCAGAGGCAGAAGUACCACAACAGGCCGAAAAAUUAAAGCCAGAUGACCAAAUUAAAGUAUUUCCUGAUAUAACUGAGGUAAAUUUGUCUGAUGAUGUAUUAAUAAAUUAUUUAACAUAUAAAGUUACCUGUUUUAAAGCAGGCAGACUAAAACAUUUUUAUGCCGAAUGGGCAUCGUUAACCUCAGACACUGAGAUUUUACAUAUGAUAUCGGGUCAAAAACUUGAGUUUUGGCACCCUCCUUAUCAAGUGUUUGUCCCACGAGAGCGUAAUGAUUGGGACGCCACCCAAACGCAAACGUUUGAAACUGAGAUAAAAAGUCUUCUUCAGAAAGGUGCCAUUGUCCCAUGUGCGCAUGAACAAGGAGAGUUUAUUUCUCCAAUAUUCACUACACCUAAAAAGGAUGGGACUUCGAGAAUGAUACUUAACCUUAAAGGUUUAAAUAAGUUUAUCGAAUAUCACCAUUUUAAAAUGGAAUCUCUUUCAACAGUGAUCAGCCUCGUUAAACGUAACUGUUAUAUGGCUUCUGUUGACCUAAAAGACGCGUACUAUUCUGUGCCAAUUGCAAAUGAGCAUCAAAAAUACUUAAAAUUCCUAUGGAAAGGCCAACUUUAUAAAUUUGUUUGUUUCCCCAAUGGCCUGGCUUUUUGCCCGCGGAAAUUUACCAAGUUGCUUAAGCCUAUUAGUUCAUCAUUAAGACAACUUGGCCAUUUGUCAGUCAUAUAG